AUGCACAAUCAAAAUUCUAAAUCAUUUCUCAUACGAGAUCUAUUGGGGGACCUAAUAAAUCGGCAACAACAGCAGCAGCAACAACAACAACAACAACAUGAAGAUGAUUCUGACCUUUCCGACAACAAUUCCGAUAUUGAUAUAGAAGAUCGCUCCUCUCCCGACUCGGAAGCUUUAAAUUGCCAUUAUAAUGGCCAACAAAUGUCCAAUAGCCAUUUAUUAUUUAGCAAUAAUGAAUCCAGUCUAGACUCUUCCCACUACAUCAAUGACAGCGAACACAUGCAGCCCUCCCAGCUGCAGCAAGCACAUGGUGGUGGGUUUUUGGGGGAACAUAAGAUGGGCUUGCCGAAGAGUGGCCGAAAACCCAGACGUAGACGCACCGCUUUUACACAUGCCCAGCUGGCGUAUUUGGAGCGAAAAUUUCGUUGUCAAAAGUAUUUGAGUGUGGCGGAUAGAAGUGAUGUGGCGGAGACAUUGAAUUUGUCAGAGACACAAGUGAAGACCUGGUAUCAGAAUAGAAGAACCAAAUGGAAACGCCAAAAUCAAUUGCGCUUAGAACAGUUACGCCAUCAGGCCUCCAUGGAAAAGGAAUAUGUAGCGGAAAAUGGCUCCGCCAAUCCCUUGGGCUGCUGUCCACCCGGUUUAAGCUCUUUUAAUGCCUCAAAUCCCUGUAAUUUUCUAACAUCGGCUGCUGCAGCGGCCAUAUUUCGCAAUGUAGGCUAUGUGCAUGGCUGUCCGUUGUAAAACGUUUGUUCGUAAAUAAUAAUAUUUGUUGAAUAUUUAUUAAAUGAAUUAAGAUAUUUUGUAAAUACUAUUAAGAUAAUUUAGUUAGUUUUAAGUUUAGGAUUGUGUGUCACCAAACUGUGCAAUAUUUAUUUAAAAUUUGAGAAGAAAAAUC